AUGGCCAGUCCCAGCGUCGAUGCUGCGUCCGACAGCUCAUCGACCCCGGUGCCCUCGAGCCACGGCAUAGAUCGAGACCCCGAGAAAGAUUUCCCCAAAGAACCCGAGCUGGCGCCAGAGGUGGACUGUAAUAUCGUGAGGUGGACUGGAUCGGAUGACCGUGACAACCCCCAGAAUUGGACGUUUACACGCAAAGCAGGAACAACGGGGAUAUGGGUGUAUGCGUGUCUGGCAACGGCCAUCGGAAGCAGCAUUUUCAGCAGUGGCAGUCAAGCGAUCAGCGCAGAAUACAACGCCAGCAGGACUGUGGUCACGCUGGGCGUUAGUCUUUUCAUGAUCGGAUACUGUGUCGGCCCUCCAAUCUGGGGCCCCUUGUCAGAGCACUUUGGCCGCAAAUGGCCAGCAGUUAUUGGCAUGUCCCUGUUCACCAUCUUCUGCAUCCCCGCCGCCGUUGGUCAGAAUAUGGCCACCAUUCUCGUAUCUCGUUUUUUCCAAGGUACAUUCGGCGCCGCGCCGCUCGCGCUCAUCGGCGGUGCUCUGGUUGAUAUAUGGAACCCGAUCCAACGGUCAGUUGCAUUGACUUGCUGCGUGGGGACGCUGUUCUGGUCGCCUAGCUUGGCCCCCGUUAUUGGCGAUUUCGUGACUGAGAAUGUUGGAUGGCGGUGGACACAGUGGAUUAGCUGCAUCAUGGGCGGUAUCUGCGCACUCCUCUUGUUGGUCGCAUUGCCAGAGACUUAUGCGCCUCUGUUGCUGCGCCAAAGGGCUGCCAGGUUGCGGAAAGACGGAGUUCCGGAUGCGAGGUCGCAGUUUGAUGGCAAGGCUUUGACAGUGUCAGACAUUGCGAGGAUAUACCUCAUCCGGGCUUUUAUGCUCCUCGCCACCGAGCCCAUCCUCAUCGCCGUGACGAUUUACCAGGCCUUUAUCUAUGGCAUGCUAUACCUCUUCUAUGUGGCAUACCCGAUCGUCUUUGAGGAAAUCCGCCACUGGAACUUGGGAAUCAGCUCUCUUCCAUUUCUUGGUAUUGUCGUUGGUGUCUUGUGCGGCUGUGCCGUGGUCAUUGCACACAUUCUAAUAACUGCUAAGCCACCCAAGAUGGAUAUAGAUGGUAAACCCAUUAUCAUCCCCGAGGAACGUCUCCCGAUUAUGAUAAUCGGCUCCAUUCUCGUUCCAGUGGGCUUGUUCAUCUUUGCCUGGACGUCCAACCCGGAAAUCCACUGGAUCGGCAUGGCCAUUGGCGGAUUCCCCAUUGGCAUGGGCAUGUACAUGAUCUUCGUCCAGUGCUUCAACUAUAUAAUCGACGUCUACAUGACCAUUGCCAACAGCGCCAUUGCGGGCAACACCAUGGUGCGGAGCGGCUUCGCUGCUGCUUUCCCUCUGUUUGGACCGGCAAUGUUUCACCGGCUCGGUGUCGAGUGGGCGACGAGUUUGUUGGCGUUUCUCUCGUUGGCGAUGAUUCUGAUUCCGGUCUUGUUUUGGAAGUAUGGGGCUCGGAUCCGUGCGCGGUCGAAGAAUCGAAUUUCUAGCUGA